AUGGUACAGAAUGGCGGUGGAUCUGCCUUCACCGCUGCACACGAUGCCUCGCCCGACCUUGCUCCGCAGCGCAUCGAUGACCAAAUCCCAUCGUCUGAAGAAGAAGACGAGGACGAGGAAUACAGGCCCGAGACCAUAUCGCCCCAUUCCAACCCAGAUUCAGGACACAUAGCGGUGGCACAGUCGAGGAACAAUGGUACAGAAAGCGGUUUGGCUUCUGCUGGCGCGGAAAGAGAUGGUGACGAGAAUGCGCUGUCCGACGAUACACAGGCAGUACUACUGCCACGCGAUAAACAGCGGAAAACUGCAUUCUUCGACUACGCAUCAGACAAGCAAAUGAGCCACUCCGAAGCAAAGCAGUUCUACCAGAGACACCAAUUGGAGACGCAGAACACGGGAGGUAGCAAUUGGUCUCAGGAUGGGUUCAGUCCCAUUAUCCAUGCUAAGACGUUUCCUACCAAUCUGGGACUGGAGGACAACUUAUUCGGCCGGGAAGCCAGCAUACGAUCAAGGCGUAGCAACGCUAGUCUCCAACAAACGAGCGGAAGCUACAAACAACCCCUUCCUCCAGGUGUCUCUCACGCGGAGGGAUCAAUUGGAACAGCUGGCCAGCGGACACAUGGCUUCAAUGACACGACAAACCUUCACCACGGCUCAGCUGAGAAUGACCCCUUCAUUCAAGCCGACCAAAUCGCCAGAGAUCACGCAAAGCACCCAGGAAUUCCGUACGAGCAUAAGCCCCCGAUGCUCGCUCACGAAGGCAUACAUGGAGCCGGCGCCGGCGUCGGUGUGGGUUCGGGAGCAGGGGGAUUUGCUGCGAGUGACUCCAACGUCACCGCAGAGCUGAGCGCUAUCUACACUAAUGUUCAGAAGGUGCUCGAUCUUCGCCAUAAGUACAUUAGGCUUUCGCUUCAGGGCCCUUCCGACAAUCCUAAGGACGAUCCAUCAUGGCGAAUCUAUCCACCUCACCCAGAGCCUGUGUGGCACAACGACAACUCGCGAGAGCGUGCAGACACUAACGCUCAGAAUAGUAUGAGCAACAGUGCAGUAAUAGAUGGAGCGAGCGAUCCUGCGCCAAAGCCUCCGAGAAAGCCAGGACGCGAUAUAGGAGAAGACUUCGAUAUGGACGAUCUACUCCCUUUGCCGGAAGCCGGCGAGAUGUCAUUUAAGCUAGACGACAGCGGUGUUUUCCAAGUUUACGAGACUGCCAAAUCUGAGGAGCUUGGAACCCCUAUAAUCACCAUUCCGAACGUCCGCGAAUAUUACAUGGACCUCGAUACGAUCCUCAACAUUUCCUCUGACGGGCCUAGUAAGAGCUUCGCGUUCCGCCGGCUUCAGUAUCUAGAAGGCAAGUUCAACUUGUACUACCUCAUAAAUGAGUACCAGGAAACGGCCGACAGCAAGAAAGUCCCCCACAGAGAUUUCUACAAUGUCAGGAAAGUCGACACUCACGUCCAUCAUUCGGCGUGCAUGAACCAGAAGCAUCUGCUUCGCUUCAUCAAGUCAAAGAUGAAGAAAUGCCCGGAUGAAGUCGUCCUUGAGCGAGAUGGCAAGCAUCUAACGCUGAGGGAAGUCUUCGAGAGUAUCAAUUUGACGGCGUAUGACCUCAGUAUUGAUACACUCGAUAUGCAUGCUCAUACGGACGCCUUCCACCGAUUUGACAAGUUCAACCUCAAGUACAAUCCCAUCGGCGAAUCUCGACUACGAACAAUCUUUUUGAAGACGGACAACUUCAUCAAAGGACGGUACCUAGCCGAGAUUACCAAGGAGGUGAUCAGCGAUUUGGAAGCGAGCAAAUACCAAAUGGUUGAAUGGCGAAUCUCUAUAUACGGUCGUGAUCUUUUGGAAUGGGAUAAUUUGGCUGCCUGGGUGGUCGACAACAAGCUCUUCUCCCCCAACGUGCGAUGGCUCAUUCAAAUUCCUCGCUUGUACGAUGUCUACAAAGCUACUAAGCUCAUGGACAAUUUCGAGCAAGUCAUCAUCAAUAUUUUCCAGCCGCUCUUUGAGGUUACGAAGGAUCCUAGCAGUCAUCCAAAACUCCACGUUUUCUUGCAGCGAGUCAUUGGCUUCGACAGCGUUGACGACGAGAGCAAGCCAGAGCGCCGACUUUACAAAAAAUUCCCCCUACCCAAAGCCUGGAAUACUAAGCAGAACCCGCCGUAUAGCUACUGGGUAUACUGCCUUUUUGCCAACAUCGCCUCCCUGAACGUAUGGAGGAAGCAGCGUGGCUUCAAUACGUUCCUAUUACGCCCACAUUGCGGUGAAGCAGGUGAUACUGAUCAUUUGGCUGCUGCAGUUCUUUGCUGUCAUAGCAUCAGCCAUGGCCUUCUCCUUCGUAAGGUGCCGCUACUGCAGUAUAUUUUCUACCUCGAGCAGAUUGGUGUGGCAAUGUCACCUCUCAGCAACAACGCUCUGUUCCUGGCAUACGAACGCAAUCCGUUCCUAUCUUACUUCCGGCGAGGCCUCAACGUGUCCCUCUCUACGGACGAUCCGCUACAAUUCGCAUUUACCAAGGAGCCUCUCAUUGAAGAAUAUUCCGUCGCUGCACAGAUCUACAAGCUUAGUGCAGUCGAUAUGUGCGAGUUGGCAAAGCACUCGGUUGAGCAGAGCGGAUUCGAGCAUACAAUAAAGCAGAGGUGGCUAGGUAGCAACUACUAUAAACCUGGAGUUCAAGGCAACGACAUGGCGAAAGUCAACGUCCCCGAUAUCAGAGAAGGAUUCCGACAUGAGACUCUAAAGCAAGAGCUAUUCAUGAUCGACCGCUACACCUCCAGCUCCCAAGCCGACUCCCUCUCCAUCUCCAACCUCUCACCCCAAAAUCAAAAAACCCCCCAACAAACCCAACCCGCUUCCCCCUCCGCCUCUAUGCACACCAACCCCUCCGCAUCCAACCUCGCCGACAUGAGCUCCCAACACUUCCCCAACCUCCCGCCCAACGCCUACCAAUCCUUCCCCGUCUUCCCCGCCCAGGCCGCCCGCAUGCACCCUUCCACCUCCGCCGCCGACAUCGCCGCCCAAAACAACAACCAUAACAACCAAAACCAACCCCCUCUUUCCCCUAAAGGCCCCAGUGACGCCGCUAAUUAUCAACGCCCCGCCCGCCACUCGAACAUGGUGCUCGACCCCGGCGCGCGGCCGCCCCCACAGCCGAACGCGCAGACGCAGCCGCAAGAGGCGUCGCCGAGUUCGCCGUCGCAGCAGGGAUUCUCGAUUCGCUCGCCUAGCACGAUUGAUCUGAAUGGGAUGGAGCCGAGAAUGUUUCCGGGGGUCGUGAGUCGGCAUCGGAGGAGUAGUUUGCAGCGGCCAAGUAGUAGUAGUUUUUCGGAGGGGGGAGGGGAUGCGGGGGGUUGGGGUGGGUUGAGGAGGACCGGGACAGCAGCCGAGGGGAAGGAGAGUGUGGUUGAGGAGCCGGCGGUUGUUGAUGAGAAGGAGAAGUAGAGGUGUGAUAGAUGGCAUAUGAAAGGUAGAAGGUGGAAUUAUGGAUUACUGGAUGCUAGACACCGAAGAGGGAUGAUGAAGAACUAGAUACUAGUCUGCAUAGAAAUGGACUUCGGAUUAUGGAAUGAGAUAUGAAAUGUCUUUUCGCAUACCAACUCUAUCGCACUCUAAAAUUAGACCAUGGAAUUAGGGUUACUUAC